UAAUGUCAUCUAAUAAAUCUUCUAAAAAAAAGAAGCAACAGUUAAAAAGCUCUGAUAUCGCUGCCCCUGGUGGUAAUUAUAGGUGUGGACAUUCUGGUGUGGUUGCUUCUUCCAACACUGCUAUAUCAAAGUAUGCAAAUUAUACAAAUGCAAAAACUGUCGAGACUCUUGUGGCCAAACAAAAGGAGAUAAAAAAGACCAUAAAAAAUUUAACCAGUUCACAGAAGAAGACUAUCAAGAAUCUAAGUGAUAAUCAUAAAAAAGUUAUCAAGAAUUUAAGUGAUAACCAAACAAAGGUAGUGACAAGUUUGAGUGGAAAUCAUGCUGAUGUUGUAAAAACUAUGAAUAAUAAUGAG